AUGUCCAUCGACAGCGUCUUCUUCAGCUUCGGCCUGUGCAUCGCCUUCCUGGGGCCCACGCUGCUGGACCUGCGCUGCCAGACGCACAGCUCACUGCCCCAGAUCUCCUGGGUCUUCUUCUCGCAGCAGCUCUGCCUCCUGCUGGGCAGCGCCCUCGGGGGCGUCUUCAAGAGGACCCUGGCCCAGUCACUAUGGGCCCUCUUCACGUCUUCCCUGGCCAUCUCCCUGGUGUUUGCUGUCAUCCCCUUAUGUCGAGACGUGAAGGUGCUGGCCUCUGUCAUGGCGCUGGCAGGCCUAGCCAUGGGCUGCAUCGACACCGUGGCCAACAUGCAGCUGGUGAGGAUCUACCAGAAGGACUCGGCCAUCUUCCUCCAGGUUCUCCAUUUCUUUGUGGGCUUCGGCGCUCUGCUGAGCCCCCUGAUUGCCGACCCCUUCCUGUCUGAGGCCGGCUGCUUGCCUGCCAAUGGCACGGCCAACAGCACCUCCGGCAGUCACCUCUUCCAUGCGUCCAGGGUCCUGGGCCAGCACCACGCUCAGGCAUGGCGGUGGUCCAACCAGUCGCUCUCCAGGCUGCCUCCACAGGAGGGAACAGGGACCCACGUGUCGUAUGCCUUCUGGAUCAUGGCCCUGAUCAAUCUCCCAGUGCCCAUGGCCGUGCUGUUUCUGCUGUCCAAAGAGCGGCUGCUGGCCUGCUGUCCUCAGAGGAGACCCCUGCUGCUGUCUGCAGAUGAGCUCGCCCUGGAGACACAACCUCCUGAGAAGGAAGAUGCCUCCUCCCUGCCCCCAAAGUUUCAGCCACACCCAGACCAUGAGGACCUGUUCAGCUGCUGCCAGAGGAAGAACUUCAAAGGGGCCCCUUAUUCAUUCUUCGCCAUCCACAUCACAGCAGCCCUGGUCCUGUUCAUGACCGACGGGAUGACGGGGGAGUAUUCAGCCUUUGUGUACAGCUAUGCAGUGGAGAAACCACUCUCUGUGGGGCACAAGGUGGCUGGUUACCUCCCCAGCCUCUUCUGGGGCUUCAUCACCCUGGGUCGGCUCAUCUCCAUUCCCAUCUCCUCCAAAGUGAAGCCAGCCACCAUGGUUUUCAUCAAUGUGGUCGGCGUGGUGAUGACGUUCCUGGUGCUUCUCGUUUUCUCCUACAACGUCGCCUUCCUGUUCGUGGGGACAGCCAGCCUGGGCCUGUUCCUCAGCAGCACCUUCCCCAGCAUGCUAGCCUACACGGAGGACAUUCUGCAGUACAAAGGCUGUGCGACCACGGUGCUGGUGACGGGGGCAGGAAUUGGCGAGAUGGUCCUCCAGAUGCUGGUUGGUUCGAUAUUCCAGGCUCAGGGCAGCUAUAGUUUCCUGGUCUGUGGCGUGAUCUUUGGUUGCUUGGCUUUCACCUUCUAUAUCUUGCUCCUGUUUUUCCACAGGAUGCACCCUGGACUCUCAUCAGUUCCUACCCAGGACAAAGCCCUAGGAAUGGAAAGCUCAGAGUGCUACCAGAGGUAAAGCUGGGUGAAGGGGGCCGGCAAAGACCGCCAGGCUCUUGGGCUCCAGCACAGACCCAAGUGUUCGAGACAAUCGGGGGAGGCAGUGGAGGCCCAUCUCUCCACGCCUUGGCUCGGAUCUUCUCCGCUAAUCCUUGGUUGGGUAGAUGAGAUUAAAUUGACUUCUGGGAACCUGGAUCCUCCCGGGGCAAAUCAUUAGAAGUUUACUGGAUGGAUAUUCAAGUUCCCUUCCUCUUCCCUGGUUUGGAUCUUUGGUCAGAGCUGUCCAGGACACCCAGAAGGGAAGGAAGAAGACAGCCGUACGCUUCACUCCAUUGGCCACCUCUUGCAUGGACCACACCCUGCCUGGGUUUGAAGAUCACUUUUAGUUGGAGUUUAAUAAGUUGAAAUUGUAAAGUUCAAUGAUCAUGGCUAGAUGUAGAUAUAUUUUAAAUUGGCCAAAAACAAACCCCAAGUUAUUCCCUGGCAUGCUUAAAGGAUGUAUGUGCUUUUUACUUUUUGAGAGUCCAAAGUCCCUCAAAUUCCAGUUGUUGCCAGCGGUAGUUCAUUUAACGUCUAAAACAUGAAAAGGAAAGGUUGCAUCUUGCUACCUUUGGGACACUAAUUCACUGGUGUGCUGGGCUAGCUCAGACUCGCUUAUAAAAGCCGAUGGUUAAAAUUUCAUUUCGAGAGCUGGUUGUUAAACACAGCCAUCAUUCAAAAUGGAAUUAUAGAAACUUACAAUUAAUUACAUUAAAAACAAAGGUCAUAACCACUCAAAACUCAUCACUUCCUUGAGGUUUCUUAUGUGUAUUGUAUCUGUAGAGUGGAAAGGUGUGCUCCUGAGCAUCUCUUUCCAACAGCACUUUCCCCGAUAAUGUGUUUGGUGGCUGGAGAUCAGCCACCUGGGAGCAUUCACCCCACAGAAACCGGCAAAGGCUAUCCUCCUGGCUUUUCUUCUCCCCCUGCCCCCGCCCGCGCCCCCAGAGCCCAUUGUUAAACAUCCACCUGCAUACCACUGCUGAUAACCAAUGCUAACUGGCCAGAAGUUUCUGGGAGAAUGGGAUGAAGAUUCCGUUUUUCUUGACUGACAUUGACUGCGCUUAUAAAAGGUGUAGAAACAGCACUAAGAAUUUCUCCAAAAUAUCUAAUUUAAACUUUCCAUCUUUUAUAGAGGAAAAAAAGCUCUUUAUACCAUGUCAAGUUGUUUCCUUUAACAAAAAGCUGGGACUGCCGAGCGAUCCGAACGGUGCAGCAUACUGCCGGCCCAGAGCGAAUCCUCUAGUAACACAGACGGAAUCCCCAGCCGGCCGCUUGGAAAGCGUUAAGAGCACUGAGGCAUCCAUAAGUAGUGAAAUGGCUAUCACCGUGAGUGUACAUUCGUUUACCUGCAGAUUCUCUGUGUAGGUACGAACGUACAGGUAUGAACAGGGAGAGUGGAUCCACGUUCUCAGCAAUGGGUGUAAGCGGUGUGCCCCACACGGACAGGGGUCUCCCACAUCUGAGCGUUGGUCCCGUCUGCCGGCACCCUGUGUGCUGAUGGGACCCCGGCGGGAGCGAGCUUGGUGGGAGCGCUGGCCUCCCCCUCUAGCCGUGUGUGGCCCUGGGCAGAGAGAUCACGGAUGCUCUUCCGGCCUGGCUUUUUUUUUUUUUUUUAAUCUAAGUGACAUUUCUAAAAGCACGUACCCUACCUCAAAGGACUUCUGAAAGAAUGAAGUGACUUUGUUUGAAGCAACGAUUAUAUGCCUGACAGAGAAACAGCGUAAUCAAUGUUAGCAAUUUUUAUUUUUAAAACCUCCUCAUUAGCAGCUUCAAAAUUGUUCAUAUGUUUGGUACAUAUUUAUUGUAAGUCAAACAGAUCCAAAUUCUUUUUGAAAGCUGAUGGUCUUAGGGGUGUCGUUUUAACUCGAUCUGUAAAUACUCACAAGUAUUUGAUGGCUGUCAGACUUAAAUGUGCAAUCUCACUGCUGGAGGGAGUGCCUGACCUGGACAAAAAAGAAAGCAGUUGUAUUUUUCUUGUGGUUUAAAAAAAAACAAAAACAAAAAUCCUUCCUUUUUAUACAAAUUUAGAAAGAAGAAUCAUUGGCUUUAUCUAAGGUGUCAUGAUUAAUUUAAGAAUAUAGAAAACAAGAUUGAAACGAAUCUAAGUGUAUCUUUCCUGAAAUAAAAUAUUUUAAAUUUAAUAAGCGUGUUAUCCAUUAUGGACAACGGAUUCUUUUAUA